ACUGCCUUCUCGCUCAAUCCUAUGGUAAAUGCAUGCGAUCCCAUGGAUCCACAGCUAGGCUAGACGUAGCCAUCACGUCCUCACGCAGGAAGGCGCUGGCGACAUGAAGGUAACAUCAGGCACAAUAGUCGCAUCGUCACCGUGAACCUGCCAGCGAGUCGCGGGCAGACUCCAUGGCUGAGCUUCACUCCGCACCAUCUUGACAUCGCGCGGCCGCUCUGCCUACCAUGCAGCAAGCCUCCUCCAUCCACCGUCUACCACAAGAUGCCAUUGCCCAAAUCAAAUCUUCUGCUGUCAUUGUCAGCCUCAGCGAUGCGGUAGUCGGCCUUUUGGAGAACUCGCUCGACGCGCACGCCACCAAGAUCAACGUAUCAGUCGAUUUUGCCCGCGGAACCUGCACCGUCGACGACAAUGGUUGCGGCAUCCUCCCAGGCGACUUUGCGGAGACGGGUGGCCUCGGUCGGCUAUAUCACUCAUCGCGUUUCUUGGCUGGCAGCGAGGCCCAUGGCCGCCACGGAACCUUUCUGGCAUCGUUGGCGGCUUUAUCACUUUUGACCAUAAAUUCACACCAUAAAGAUCAUGACUCGCACAGUGCAAUCCGCCUGUACCGAGCCGAAGUCGUUGCUCGUCAUGUACCGGCCUCACCGGAGCAUAGAUUUCUGACCUACUCUCAUGGGACGAGGGUGGCACUUCGCGACUUGUUUGGUGGCAUGCCUGUUCGCAUCAAACAGCGGGCCUUCAAUGCUGAGAGAGGACUUCACGCGAGAGAAUUUGAACAGUUGAAACACGACAUCGCCGCCGUACUGUUGGCAUGGCCUGGUUGCGUCCAUGUCGCCCUGCGUGAUGCCAGUAGUGGACAGACUCUCUCGGUCCGUGUGCCGUCUAUCAAUUUGCAAGCUCCGAAUCAGCGAGGCGAUGUCUCCAGUCUGGCAGCCCGGCUGAAUGCGGUACUGACCUCUGUCCAACUAUCGGAGGAGAAACUCUCAGGAUCUUGGAUAGAGCUUCGUGCAUCAGCAGGAGGGCUGUCAGUGUCGGGAGCCGUAAACCUGACACCAGUUGCUACGAAACGAGCGCAGUUCGUGAGUAUCGGUAUACGUCCAGUCAGGAACAGUCACGGCUCGAACCUCCUGUACGAAGAGAUCAAUCGCAUCUUCGCUGAUUCGGCAUUCGGCGUCGUGCAGAACUCGACAACCGAAACACAGGCGCUUUGCUCAACGCCUACAUCGACUCGCGAGAAGGCUAAUAGUGGCACUCGCCAAGAACAAAAGGGACGCAAAGCCCUGGAGAAGUGGCCAAUGUUCUUCCUCCAGCUGCAAAUCGUUGAUGCUGCUCAGCAAGAUGAGGACCACCUUCUUGGCGAGCAGUCAGAUUCUCUGUCCAAAAUUCAGCGUUUGCUUCGGGCAGUUUUGUGUGAGUUUCUGCUCAAGCAUGAUCUGCAACCGAGGUCCUCGCAGCCUCACACGAAAACCCCGGAUGGCAGACCGCUGUCGACAGAACCGAUCGUUGGCCGACGAGCGACGCGUAGUAGUGGUUCGCGCCGGCGCAGCAGCUCUCCCCCUCGGAGCCGCAUCGCUGUGGGUGAUCUUGCCACUGCCCGAGUUGACUUGGCCGCGACAAGGGACAUGCGCGCGCGAAGCAGGUCGCCUUUCAGUUUUUGGGGUCGAAUCAAAUCCGGUGUAGCAUCGGACUCGCAACAGAGUAUGUUGCACAAGUCUAGUCCUCUAGCUGAAGCCAACGGGUCUUCAAGGUCUGAAGUCUCCGCUACAGAGAGCGAGCCUUUUCUGCCACCCGGUCUUGCGCCAAGUCAGUCUCCUUCGACCUUUCAACAUCGCGAUGACGGUGGAGAUCCAAGCUGUAAACGUAAUACACAGAACACCAUCACAUGGAUGAGUCCUGCCACCGAUCAUGUUUCGUUUCUCGAUCGCCGAGGAGGCCUGCUUACACAGAAGCACAACCAACUUGCCUACUGUGCAGGCAAUCGCAUCUCCGAUGCCAGUCGGAAAUACCCUCUCGUAACACGACCGGCAGAGACAAAGCCUGCAAGCCCGUGGCUGACUGAUUUGAUUUCUAACUGGGAAAAUCCAGUGUUUCCCAGUGCUGAAUUGUCGAUACCAGCGAUAUCGAGUGUAACAGAGCUACAAUUCGACGACAAGCCGCCGCCCAUGCGGAAGUUCUCGGAAUACAAAGUGUCAAAGGUUAUGCUCUCUCAAGCCGAGGCUGUCUCUCAGGUUGACCGGAAGUUUAUUCUCGCUAAACUGCCAGCAAUGGCCCAUGCUACACUCUCCGAGUACUCUCUCUUGAUGAUUGACCAACAUGCGGCAGAUGAGAGAUGCAGAGUAGAGGCAUUGAUGCGCGAGUAUUUUCAACCUAAACGCACUGCUGCCUCCGAUGACACGCAAUACUGGAAAGCUGUGGCCGAGCCACUUGACCAGCCUCUGCGGUUUGAUAUUUCCGACCAAGACGCUGUCAGGUUUGCGGCAGCGAAGUCGUUCUUCGAGCAUUGGGCUGUGUUUUACAGUAUCAAAGCACAGCCUCGACCGAUUGGCAAUGACGAGAGGAUUGUGCCCCAGAGUCUUGAAAUUACCCAGCUUCCGCCCAGCAUCUUAGAGCGAUGCCAGUCAGAGCCGCGUUUGCUGAUCGAGCUGUUGAGAGCAGAGGCUUUAAAGCUGCACGAGUCGACGCAGCCUUUACAGCAUAUGAAUAGCCCAGCAACGAAUGACACGGUCGGUGACAGCGAUACCAAAGCUCGGUGGCUAUCGAGGAUUCAAGGCUGCCCUCGUGGGAUAUUGGAGAUGAUCAACUCCAGAGCAUGUCGGAGUGCCAUCAUGUUCAACGACAGCUUGUCACUUAAGGAGUGUCAGGAAUUGCUCCAUCGGUUAUCGACGUGCGCUUUCCCUUUCCAAUGUGCUCAUGGCCGCCCGUCAGUGGUGCCUUUAGUCGAUAUUGGCUUGAAUGGCACAGCGCCGUUCCCAAAACAAAACCAUCUAGUCUCUUUUCGAGAAACAUACCGAGAAUGGGCAGGGACUAAUCAUAAGAUCACAGAGCCUUAAACAGAAUGUCAAAGCGGAGGAGUUCCUUUCUGACAUGUGCAUGAUGUUCACUCUCAGGAGUAUCGGCUGCACUUACUCAUGAGUCUGAUGCUCGCAUAUUGCAUACACAUAAAUAUACACAUGACAAAAGCGUUAAGAGCUGGGGCUUGAUUAAAAGUUGCUG